AUGGUGAUUAUUGCUGAAUUUAUUUCCUCAAAAGAAUCACAACACUCUGAAAACACUAUUCAAGAAGAAACUUCUCCCUUAGCCAUUGUAAACUACAAAUCAUCUUCUAUGUCAAACAAAACUCCCGAAAACCCUAGGAAAUCUCCUCCAAAACCAAAAGAAGUUGAAAGUAAAAGCGAUCAAGGAGAUUCCUCUGUUUCAAGCAUUCUUCAACGACUAAAAGAGUGGAAAGAAAAGAAAAAAAGUGAAAAAUCUCUUGAAGAGCAAAUUGAGGAAGUUGACGAGUUUGCUCAAGGGAAAAACUCAAACGAGACAACAAAGGAGAACAAAGUAGAAGAAGAGAUGAGUGAGGGAGAAGAAGAAGAUAAAGAGGAGGAGAACAAUUCAGAAAAGGAAGAAUCUGAAAAGGAAGAUGAAGAAGAGGAAGUGACUGAUCAAGCGGAACUUGAGUCACAGGCUGGAAGGUAUGUAGUUGGUCAUCGCAUUGAUGUUGUUUGGUGUAGUAAAGCAAGAUUUCUCGAAUUUCUUGAUUUAAAUAAGUUUCAAGGUUGGGAAUUUCUGUUGUCAAGAGUGUCAGCAAAUUAUAUGUACCCUGUAGCUAUGACUGAAUUUUGCCAAAACUUUCAAGCAAAAUUAGGGAUAAUUUCAAGUGUCGUUAAUGGAGUAAAAAUCGAAUUGAACAUUGAAACCCUUGGUAAAAUUCUGAAAACUCCUACUGAGGGGUAUGACACUUAUAUUAAGGGAAAGGGAAGUGUAAAUGUAGGUAGAUAUUUGACUGGUGAUAUUGUUGAGGCCUUAGGUGGUCAGAGAGGGAAGAAGGUCAUGAGUCAUAAUGAUCUUAGUCCCUUAAACAAGUUGUUGUUUAAUUUGGUAAAGAAGACUAUUCUGCCUAGGACUGCUAAAAAGGGGGAAGCAUGA